CAAAUUUGGCAACACCCACCACCCCUUUGUAUUCUGGUGGAGAAAAUGGAGGAGAUCCUCUACCUACAAGUACCUACCACUUUUCUACACCUACCCUCUCCUACUCCUCUUCCUUCCAUUUUAAGCUGACCCCUCUUCUCUCUCUCUCUCUCACGUUAACACACAGCAAUGGAGGCAAAGCUGUUGAGGGCCGCCUCUCCUUCGAUACAAAUACCCACUGGCUUCAAGAAGUCUUCGAAACCCAGUUGCCUAUUUCCGCACCAAAUUAGAAAAAAUUGCAGCUCUGGAUUCUUCCUCAAUUCGGACUAUUCGUCGAAUCGUGGCGUCCAAUCGGUUCGAGCCUCUGCAACUUCCAUUGGAUUGCCAAAAGAAAAAAGAAUUGACGAGAGUAAGACCUACACUCUAGAUGGCAUAAGACAUUCUUUAAUUCGUCAAGAGGAUAGCAUCAUAUAUGGCCUCCUGGAGAGAGCUCAAUACUGUUUCAAUGCUGAGACGUAUGACCCUAAUGCUUUCUUCAUGGCUGGUUUCCAAGGCUCUUUGGUUGACUUCAUGGUCAAAGAAACUGAAAAGCUUCAUGCUCGGAUGGGCAGAUUCAAGAGUCCCGAUGAACAUCCUUUCUUCCCAGAAGACUUACCUGAACCUAUGCUGCCUCCUCUGCAAUACCCUCAGGUUCUUCAUCCCAUCGCUGACUCAAUCAAUAUCAACAAGGAAGUAUGGAACGUGUAUUUUAGAGAUGUUCUUCCUAGACUAGUGAAGGAAGGAGAUGAUGGUAACUGUGGAUCAGCUGCGGUUUGUGACACGAUUUGCUUGCAGGCUCUCUCAAAGAGAAUCCAUUACGGUAAAUUCGUAGCAGAGGCUAAAUUUCGGGCUUCACCGGAUGCAUACGAAGCUGCCAUUAGAGCACAAGAUAAGGCAAGACUGAUGGACUUGCUGACAUACCCCAUAGUGGAAGAGGCAAUAAAGCGGAGAGUGGAGAUGAAAGCCAAGACCUAUGGGCAAGAGCUCACCGUGAAUGUAGAGGAGGAAGGAUCUGAGCCGGUAUACAAAAUAAAGCCAAGCUUGGUUGCUGAUCUGUAUGGGGACUGGAUCAUGCCUUUGACAAAGAAAGUCCAAGUUGAGUAUCUACUGAGAAGGCUGGAUUGAAUCAAGGCCAGAUGAUAAAAGGAAACGAUAUACAUACAUAUAUAUGUAUCUAUCCUAUUAUUGAGCAGUCCUCCGAGAAACCACCUCUUGCAUAUGGAAACUGCCAAACCCGCGUGUAUGUCCUCAAAUAAGAGCACGAUAAAGCCUUUAAAUGCUGCUUAUGAUGUGUACAAAGUCGAAAGUCGGAUUGUUCAUUUUGAAACCGGUGGAGUUAGUUGUGCUUAUGUUCAACGGGAGUCACAGGACUCUGAUUCAUAUCAUCAUGAUGUAAAAACAUGAUUUAGGUAGUAGUUUCAUAUAGAAUGGAAUGUGUUUUAAGGUGGUUUUUAUUUGGGAAUAUGUAUUUGGCACCGGGGCAGAGGUGCUCCUGGCUUUCGCGUGAA